AGCGCUUGCAAGACUCUUCUUGAAAACAUGUCGCCCAUGAAGCUGUGUGUUCCAGGUGAAAGGCUUUGCAGCGUGGAGGACUGCACCCCUGGCGCGGGCACGUAUCUGCGGCACGGCUCCGUUUUCGCCUCGCUGGCCGGCUACGUGCUGAGAAGGAACGAAGGCGAGGAGCUGCCGGUGAUCUCGGUAGUUAAAGAGACCGAAGCACAGCUUUUGCCUGACGUCGGAGCCAUCGUCACCUGUAAGGUGACGAGCAUCAACCCACGGUUUGCGAAAGUGCACAUCCUCUACGUGGGAUCUACGCCUCUGAAGGACCGGUUCAGAGGCACCAUCAGGAAAGAAGAUGUGAGAGCAACAGAGAAAGACAAAGUGGAGACGUAUAAGAGUUUCAGGCCCGGUGACAUCGUCCUCGCCAAAGUGAUCUCGUUGGGCGACGUGCAGUCGAACUACCUGCUGACCACGGCGGAGAACGAACUGGGCGUGGUCGUGGCCCACAGUGAGGCAGGGGUACAGAUGGUUCCCAUCAGCUGGUGUGAGAUGCAGUGUCCUCGAACGCACAAUAAAGAGUUUCGCAAGGUGGCGAGAGUGCAGCCGGAGUACCUGCAGGCGUGAACGACCCCGAGCGCCAACCUUUACCCUCGGAACACACAGCUUCACACACUCACGCUCACACAGUGAUGUAAAUGUCACACAACUGGAAUUCCUGGAGUUGGUAAACCCAGUUUAAUGCAAAUGGUAUUAAAUGUCAUUAGAAAGGAGUGCUUUGACCAGUUAGCGUGAGUGUGAGCCUCAUCCCAUCUAACAGGAAUCUCGGACUCUUCUUUUCCGAGGAACAAACUGGAGAAGCGAAACAUGACCAGCUAGCUCGGGGUGGGCAGUCUUACCGGGAAAGGGCCGGUGUGGGUGCAGGUUUUCAUUCCAAACAAGCAGGAGACACACCUGACUCCACCCGUUUAAUCAGUUGAUCUUGGCUUUCAGUAGACUCAGGUGUGGCUUCUGCUCGGCUGGAAUGAAAACCCGCAUCCACACCGGAACUUUCCCGAUAAGACUGCCCACCCCUGAGCUAGCUCCACCCCCUCGCCCAGACGGGCGUUUCUGAAGUAAUGCUGAUUGUUUUUGUCUUUUAGCGUGCACUGUUUUCACGCCUCUGUAAUGCACAUGGACCGCUAACGAAAUGCUCAGAGAUGAUUUCAUUUGUGUUGGGUUUUUAUUUUUCUCUUCUUUUCAGCCAUGGCUUUAUUCUGAAGUCUUGCUUUUUUUCUUCGGUUCUAAAUGGUUUCAUUUCUGUACACGGAGAGGUCAUGUAUUUACAGCAGUCUGAAUGAAUAAAGUGAAUCAAAAUACAA